AUGACCCUAAACUUCGCAAAGCCCUAUGCGGCGCUUGCAGACGGCACGCCCUACGAGCUACCAUAUCGCCAAGACUUUCGCUACCACUUUUUUGAGGCUGCCGCGGGCAUCUACACCUCUCUUAACGAUGUGCUUAAAUAUUCUAAGGCAGUCUUAGAGGCUGCUGAAAAGCUGCUACACGAGAUUCGCGAAAGACGCCAAAGUGGGCCCCUAGAAAAUGGCUGGGAUGCCUACGUCGGCGUUUGCUACGACAAUACGGGCAUCUUCUUCAUCCGGAUACGCCGUAGUGAUCAGAAAGAAGACGUCCUCCAGCUUAAAUUCCAAGGUUCGGAGAAGCACGCGUAUGAACUCCGCUUUUUCUACGACGACACGUUUAAGUAG